UUCUUUUCUUUUUUUCUUUUCCUGCCAGAUGAUAAUGAAUGAAUCUCACCAAUUAAUUACUUUUCCUGAAGAUAUUUUGCCAAUACAAUUUUUACUGUGCCCAUGCUGGCAGAACAUAUAAGGGUUUUCUAAACCUGGCAUGUUAUCAUUGGUGCUACGUUAUAUAAACCACAAACUGAUUAUGAUCCACCUUAGGAGUAAUUACCGGGUCUCCUCCCAGCCUGGCGUUUGGGGAGAUGAUUUUCACAUUACUGCACCAAGUGUGCAAAGCAACUCCUCUCCUCCAGCGCUGUUUCUUAAAGAAAUGGAAGCACAACUUCAGUCUAGCAUUGAGUAGCAGCAAAUGCGGGAAGCAGAAAUCUGUGGGCAGAGAGCGCCAUCUCCAGCUUAUAAAUCAUAAUUACUCUGCGAUAACCAGCUUAUUUGGGAUUUCUUUUUUGAAACUGCCAUCUAUUUUGGCAAAAGAUGGAGAAGAAAGCCAGCUGAGACUGACGAAAGAUUAAGACUUAAGCCUUUGCACUACCUUAAUAUCCUGUAGGGAGACUGCUAAUCCUUGCUGAAGUUUCUGAAUUACAUAAAAAACCUGCUUAAAAUAGUAUGGAGCUGAUUUGUUUCUGUUUUCAGGCUACUUACUGAAUAGUAAAAUCCUGACAGAGCUAAUAUUUGUACUAUGAUGGGGUCCUCCAGCCUACAAAGAGUCCAUGCAUUUAACAGGUACUUGGAAAGGCACAUAAAUGAUGUCUCUAAGUACUGUUGAAGAAUGACUGGGUAGAACACCAGUGUCAAUAAGCAAUAUGCAAAAACAGCACACAAAAUGCAUGCAGAGGAAUUAUAUACAUAUAAACGCUACAAAAUGGACAAAUAUUACAAAAAUUACGCUGAGGACAGUGCCUGUGAAUCCAGCCUCAUGAUUAUUGCUCAAGUGUUCAUUCUAAAGGAGAUCCAUUAUGAAACAAGGAAGGCAGACAGCUUGGACCAAGUAUGAAAUUCUUAUUACGGAUGGUUUCAAGAGCUGUCAAGACAAAUCUGCAAGAGAUAUGUGAUUCAUUUCAACCAGGAAAGCUGUACUGCCACACCCAAGGCAUCUAUGAUUGUGUACACAGGUGUAAAGGUGAUGAAUUUCCUGGUCCUUGUUGGUUUUUAUUGUGGGAAAACAGCCUUGAAAUGGUCACUAAAAUGUUGUCUGGACUGUAUUAUUAAUUUAGGAGUUUAAAUAUUUACAGAAACGAAAGUAAAAUACUCUGCCAUCUGUUGAUAGCUGGCAAAACUGCAGAUUUUCUUUCCUGAAACAGACUAUUUCAUCACCACAUUGAAACCAUUACCCGCUACUUCAGUUGGCAAGAUAAAAGUAGCAAAGAAAUGCAACGUAUUUUGAAAAUCCACAAAAAAUUGUCAGUCGCAGCCCGCGUCGUUCUUUUUUUGUGGUGAAUGAACGCCGAGGCGCCAGAGCUUUGGGGACGCGGUUCCCCCACCGACACUUUCCCCGCACGCCUGCGCCCGGGCCCCGCUGCGGGCGCGUCCCGGCAGCAGCAGCAGGAGGAGGAGCCGCGGUCCGGGCCGUGCUGCCGGGGCCCGAUGGCGGCGGGCGGCGGGGUCGGGCUGCUGCCCUUCCUGCGGCUGCUGGGGCAGCUCAAGAGAGUGCCGCGGACGGGAUGGGUGUACAGGAACGUGGCAAAGCCAGAGAGCGUCUCGGACCAUAUGUACAGGAUGGCGAUGAUGGCUUUGGUGACUGAAGACAAGAGCCUUAACAAGGACAGAUGCAUACGAUUAGCUUUGGUUCAUGAUAUGGCUGAAUGCAUUGUUGGAGAUAUUGCUCCUGCAGAUAAUAUCCCAAAAGAGGAGAAACACAGGAGAGAAGAGACAGCUAUGCAACAGCUGACCCACCUUCUAUCAGAGGACCUCAGAAAAGAAAUCUUUGAACUCUGGGAAGAAUAUGAAAACCAGUCUACUGCAGAGGCCAAGUUUGUAAAGCAGUUGGAUCAGUGUGAGAUGAUACUGCAAGCAUUUGAGUAUGAAGAGUUGGAAAAGACACCUGGCAGACUGCAGGAUUUUUUUGAUUCAACUGCUGGGAAGUUUGUUCACCCAGAAAUACUCCAGCUUGUAUCUCUGAUUAACACAGAAAGGAAAAAAAGAAUAGCUGCCACAUCUCAUCCACAUUCCUGAGGUGUUCUUAAAUGCUGUAGCCAUAAUAAAUACUUUGGUUUAUA